GUCCGCCUUGAGAUUAUUCUUCUUUGUUGCUCGUCGCGAUCAGCUGCGCUGGAUCGAUCGAUUACCAGAAAAUAUUUGAAGCUGGAUCGGAUGAAUCGCUGGCGCUGCAAUCGAUCGCCUUUUUCUGUUGCUGGAAUGUAGAAAAAGUAGGGUUCUUCUGGAGUUUCUGGUGAUUCUACCAAGAAAAUGGGCGCAUUGAAUGAAGAUGCGCUCCCGCGAUCAAUGCAGCCGAGGCGCCGCGACAAGGUGAUUCUCGAUAAUCUCCACGGUAACACUUACGUGGAUCCGCUAAGCUUGAAAUUCGUGGAUUCGCUACAAUUCCAGAGGCUGCGUGAUAUCAAGCAACUUGGACUUUGCUACUUGGUCUACCCUGGCGCAUCGCACUCGAGGUUUGAGCAUUCUUUGGGUGUUUACAAACUCGCUCGCAUGACAGUCGAAAAUCUCGCGAAGAACCCAGAGUUGAGGAUCACCACCUCUGAUAUCACGAUUGUGAGCUUGGCAGGCCUACUUCACGAUGUUGGACAUGGUCCCUUCAGUCAUGUCUUUGACAACGAGUUCCUUCCUCGGAUUAUGCCAGGACACAAGUGGUCUCACGAGGACAUGUCAACGAGGAUGAUCGACUACAUAGUGGAUGUGAAUCACAUCGACAUUAGUUCCACUGAUCUUAAGCGAGUCAAGGAUAUGAUCUUAUGUAGCAAGAACCCUUCGCUGAUUGAGGAAUACAACGAGAAAACCUUUCUCUUUGACAUCGUGGCUAACGGACGCAACUCCAUUGACGUGGAUAAGUUUGACUACAUUCUUCGAGACUCUCGUGCAUGCGGUAUAACUUCGAACUUUACGCUCGGCAGGCUGAUGGACAAUAUUAAAGUCAUCGACAACGAGAUUUGCUACCUUGCAACUGAUGCCAUGGAAGUGUGGAAUCUGUUUCGAACGAGAGCAGAUCUUUUCCGAAAAAUCUAUACUCAUCGGAAAGUCAAGGCUUUAGAGCUUAUGCUCGCGGAUGUGCUGGUACUCUCUGACGACUAUCUGGGAAUAUCGGCAGGAGUUUUUGACCCAGAACAAUUCUGGAAGAUGGACGACUCUCUUCUGAAAGCGAUCGAGACUUCAGAUGUGGAUGAGCUCAAGGAAGCGAGAGAACUGGUCUGGCGAAUGAAGAGAUGUGGUCAAGGACUCUAUCAGUUUUGUAACGAGUACCUUGUUCCAAAGGAAAAAACUGAACAUUUCAAAGACGUCACUGCCAAAGACAUUGUUUGCUGCGGGAAAUCUGGGGCAAAAAUUUCUGAGGAUGACAUUGUCGUUAGCAACGUGAAGAUAGACCUUGCUUGUGGAAAGCCCGAUCCUUUAUCUGGGGUGCACUUUUUCAAGGAGUUUGACGACUCUGUCAAGUUUACGGUGGACAGACAGAACUUGAGCGGGUUUUAUUCUGAUCACUGCGUGGACAGGAUUGUUCGCGUAUAUGCCAAAAAACCAGAGCUCGUCGAAGCAGUGUCCGAAGCCUUUGAGGCCUUCCAACUGCGCACCUACGACUACAAGCCCCAGCUCCAUGGUACUCCCGACGGGAAAAAGAGGAGGAAAAGCGGCCUCAUAUCUACGUAAAAGCAUCAUUUGUCGAGGUAUCGAAUCCAAUGGAUAGCUUCGGUGAGGAAUUUCCACUUCUUAUAGUUAACUCCUCCGCUGGGGUUUUUUGAUGUUUUGUUUUUUUGACAUGGUGUCGUACUCUUGCUCUGGACUUUUCCAUUUCGACAUAACAUGUCGUGAGACAGAGUAUCGAUGGCUGGUGUGAGACGGAGUAACUGAAGGUAAGCUGGCACAGGUGGAACAGCGAUGCUAGGAGAUUUGUCUACGUCCGUCGGCGGUCCCCUUAAGUAGCUGGACUGGACGCCAAGAACCGCAAAAUCCAGCUCUCAAAAUCUAGAGAAGAGGUCUGUAGCUUUACUAGUUUCCGCUCUACUCUCCUGCUCAAAGAAAGAUUGUGGAAGGCCGAGAACCGACAGGCCGAAAGCUCCUAAGUGGACGAUAUAACGAGAGUAUCAAGGUAGUUCGAUCGAUCUUUGCAGGGAGAAGCAUCGACCAACGAAGCUGAUAUUCGCAGCUAUGGAUCGAGCGAGUGAAGCUGCUGGAACCCAGAAUGGAAGCGGAGGAUUUUACAUGGCCUCGUGUGGUCCGGUGAUGGCUUCCCAGCCGGUGACGAUGAGCUGCGGUCUCCACCAGCAAGCGUCGAUAGUCCAGAGAAUGGCAGCGGCUUAUUACCACCAUCAGCAGCAACAGCAACAGCAACGAUGUGUUCUACUCAACGCUGGAUUCGCGAAACUCACACUCAAGAAAGAAGCUUGGCAAUGCUCGUGAGGGACGAGAAAAGAGUACCAUAUUCUUUGGCAAAUGUACAUAAAUGUAUCCAUUUGACAGUA